GGAAGAGCCCUGCUCCGCUGCUCCGCUACGCCAGCAGUCAGCCUGUCACACUUCCGAGAACCAAAACCCGAGUUUCCAGCGGUUGGACUUUAAAACCAAACCUUAUCCACGAGCUCCCGGUUGGACCCAUCAGCGCAGGGAGGAGGUGGACGGCUCCGAAACACAGUAACGGUAUCAUGGCUGCCCUGUUUACCGAGCUUCCCUCCUAGACUUCCUUCAUCUCUACACCCACACAUACAUAAACCUCCCUGUAAACCACACAAACACACUCACUAUUGAGUUGUGGUGUGUGUGAGUAUAUGUGAAGGAUGACAACCUCCCAUCUGAACGGCCAUGUUGCUGGGGAGGGAGGGGGAGGAGGAGCAGGGGAUGAAGAGCUGAGGGGAGGACAGCAGCACAGAGAGAUGGCUGUCGACUGUCCGGGAGAGCUGGGGGGUCGGAUGCUACCGCUCCGACGUUCUGCACAGCUGGAGAGGAUACGACAACAUCAGGAGGACCUUCGGCGUCGUAGAGAGGAGGAGGGUCGGCAGCUGGACCUGAACGCCUCACUCAGGCUCAGGAAGCUCUCCCAGAAUCCCCACAUCGGCAUAGACAACCCUACAUUCCUGGAAGACGCAUACAUACCGCAGCAGACAUUGCUCAGCAGCCAGCACGCACAUGCACUGCUAGAGUUGGAGGAGUUGUUGCUGUCACUGAAGCAGGUCCGAGGCUGCCUGUCCGACCAGCAGAGUCAGAAUGACAUAGAGCUGGUACUUGCACUACUAAACAAGUCUGACUUCCAGUCAGCGCUGAAGAUCCACAAUGCUGUGGCCACCAGCAUGCAGCGACCCUCUCCUCCAUACCCCCACACACACCAGGCACUUCAGCUGGCCAUGGAGGUAAGGGAUCUCAUCCAGUCAAGUCAGAACAAAGAGGGACUUGAACUCCACAGCCUGCUGUCAGACACACACAUCCAGUCAUUGCUCCUGGCCCAUGACAGCAUAGCAGAGACGGAAAUGCAGCCCGAAGCAGUGCCUGACGAGGGAGAAACACUGACCCAGUGGGGAGGAGAGACUGUCAAGAUCGUUCGCAUAGAGAAGGCCCAAGAUAUACCACUGGGAGCGACUGUUCGUAAUGAAAUGGACAGUGUGGUGAUUAGUCGCAUUGUUCGCGGCGGAGCGGCUGAGCGGAGUGGACUGUUAUCAGAGGGAGAUGAAAUCUUGGAGAUCAACAGCAUUGAGAUAAGAGGGAAAGAUGUCAACCAAGUCUUUGACAUUCUCGCGGACAUGCAUGGCCUACUGACCUUUGUGCUGAUUCCCAGCAAUCAGAGCAAACCUCCUCCUGUCAAAGAGACAAUUGUUCAUGUGAAGGCUCAUUUUGACUACGAUCCCUCAGAUGACCCUUAUGUGCCGUGCAGAGAGUUGGGCUUGUCUUUCCAGAAAGGAGACAUUCUUCACAUCAUCAGUCAGUCAGACCCCAACUGGUGGCAGGCUUACAGGGACGGAGAUGAGGAUAACCAGCCACUGGCUGGACUGGUACCAGGGAAGAGUUUUCAGCAGCAGAGAGAAGCCAUGAAACAAACCAUAGAAGAAGACAAUGAGCCUGAGAAGCCUGGGAAGCUGUGGUGUGCAAAGAAGAACAAGAGGAAGAGAAAGAAGCCGUUGUACAACACUCACAAGAAUGAUGAUUUUGAUAACGAGGAGAUUCUCACCUAUGAGGAGAUGGCUCUGUACCACCAGCCAGCCAAUAGGAAGCGGCCUAUUGCACUGAUCGGUCCAACCAGCUGUGGACAGGGAGAACUUAGGCAGAGACUCCUCAACAACCAACCAGAACGUUUUGCUGGAGCUGUACCUCACACCACGAGAAGCCGUAGAGAAGGAGAGCUGGGUGGUCGAGAUUACCACUUUGUGUCUCGUCAGACGUUUGAGGCAGAGCUGUCAGCUGGGAAACUGAUCGAAUCUGGUGAGUUUGAGAAGAACUUGUAUGGGACCAGUUCAGACUCAGUGAGGCAGGUCAUCAACACUGGAAAGAUCUGUGUGCUCUGUCUCCACACACAGGCUCUAAAGGUGCUGAGGAGUUCAGACUUGAAGCCUUACAUCAUCUUUAUAGCUCCACCCUCCCAGGAAAGACUCCGCGCCCUGUUGGCUAAAGAGAACAAGAACCCCAAGCCCGAGGAGCUGCGGGACAUUAUAGAGAAAGCGCGAGAGAUGGAGCAGAGCUGUGGUCACCUGUUUGAUGGCGUCAUCGUCAACACAGACCAGGACAAAGCCUACACCGAGCUGCUACGACUCAUCAACAAACUGGACACUGAACCUCAGUGGGUGCCCUGCUCCUGGCUGCGCUGAAAACACACACACAUCCUUCACAGAGCCCAUUUCUACACAUUUCUCAAACUGGACCUGCUUUUACACAGUGUGCUAUGCUGAUGUGUAUGACAUAACAUUAGGGUUGAUGUAAGGAAUAACAGGAAUGAGAGAUUAUGAGAAUAAAGUCGUAAUAUUAGUAUAAUAUAUAUAUAUGAUAUUAUGAAAUCAAGUGUCACAACAUCAUUAGAAUAAGAUGAGUUGCUAAAGUUGUUAUUUUACAUGGAAAGACGUCUAAAUAUUACAAGAAUAAAAUAUGAAAGUGAUAUUUCUUUUGCAAAAUCAACUAUUCAUUUUCUUUUAGUUUGAUGAAAUCACAAAAUGUAUUUAGGCUUUAUAAAUGUUAUAAUACUUAAGAGUUAUAAUAUGCCAAGAAAACAGAUUGUAACUCAACUCAAAAGUGAAGUAAAGUUUAAAUUAAAUUAUUAUUUCAUAAUUUUGGGAAUUUCCUUGCAAUUCUGACUUUAAUCGUAACUUUGAACAUUAUGUUAUCAAGCUUUUCUCAAGAAGUUAUAAUUUAAAAGCUGUUUUCAGACAUCUCUGGAGAAUGUCCGCACUUUCUCCGCUGUUUGCUUUUUACACUUCAACAAUGCAGCAGGAGAUUCUCCGCUCAGACGUGUUCACAACACAGAAAUCUCGCGUGUGAGUUCAAGUGCGGCAGAGGCAGGACGUUACAUUACAUUUCUGCUGCAACAAUCACGGCAUAUCAACACUGGCACUCAGCCGUUAUCACCAAAAACUCUCCUGACCUCUUCAUCUGUGUCUUCUAUGUAUAUGGCACUGCUUUUUCGUCCUGAGAUAUUCUUAUUAUUUGGGGCUGUCUGCAGAAAGUCCUGAGGUUCCCACUCUGGACAUUCUCCAGAAAAGAUGUAUGUGAGACCACUAAUGUCUGAGAUUAUCCAGAGUUCCAUGCAUGUCUGAAAGCAGCGUAAGAUUCUUAUUUUUGUAACCGGAAGAUGUUUCUCUUGUUAAAUUAUUAUUAACUAAUAACGUGCUGUUAAAACUCUAACUUUUAUUCUACAGUCGUGAUCAUGACACAACCAUUUAUUCUUAAAGCAACGUAAUAUUUUGAGUUGAAGUCAAAUUACACAAUGUCCAUACUCCUUUUUAUUCUUAAUUAUUUUUAAAUUGUCAGUUUCUCAUAAAACUACGCCUUAGUUCUGUCUUUAAUGAUUACACAUUUCAUCUUCAAAAUAAGCUUUUCUGGUGAUACUAUGACUUUAUUCUCAGAAUUAUUUGUUUCAUUACAAGCUUUCUCCAUGACUUUAUUCCUGCAUAAUCUUUUUUCCUUAUAAAAGUACAACUUCUCCAGAAGUGAGUGACUUAUAGUAAUUCCAUCUACAUCACAGCCGUUUCUCCUAACAUUGGCCGUAAUACAUUUUGUAGAGAAUACAUCCUCUGCACACUCUUAACCUGGUGUCACUGAUAAUAACACAAAAUGGACAAAUUUUAGCUCAUUGACCGACGGUCAUGAAAGGGAGGGAAACCUUUCUUUUUGUGACAUUGUAAAGACAGUUAUUUCUGUUAUCCUGAAAUACUGAGAAUAUAUUUUUCUUAAUUGUUGUGUUCUUUAUCAGAGAUGCUGGACCUCUUUCAUGGUGCCUCCUUAGACUUUACCCUGUGCUCAUUUAAAUUAUGACACACAAAUCGUUUUAACUUGUACACUUUUACAGUCCAGAUGAUCAAUGUAAACUUCUGAAUUUGACUUUAAACUUCUUAAUGUUGGAUUAGUUAUGUAAAAAUGUGCAUAGAUCCCCCUAGUGAGAAGUAAAUGUGAAACACACACACAAACAGACAUUAACAUGAAUACACAGACAGACAUUAAUAUACACACACAGCCAUUUAGUGCAUAUCUAAAUUUACACUGAGCCACUACAUGUGUUGCUAUGAAGAACCCACGUGUCCUCUACGUGCACACCACAGCGUGCGUUAGCCACUGACGUCCCCUUGUUCUGCGGGAGUUUAGCAACGGCCUUACACUGCAGCCUUCUGGACCCUGACUGACCUAUUGACUCACUCACUGGUUAAUGGAGACACUAUUACAAUAAACACUAAAAUAAAACACAGCA